AUGCUGAAGGGUGCGUGCAACAUCACGGAGACUCAGUUGACCGAGCUGGAAGCGCUACGGGAGAAUGAAUCAAGGCGUGUCCGGGAAUGUGGUGAGCAGAUGGAGGGGCUACGCAAACGCAUCGCCGAGCGGGACGCAGAGCUGGACCGUGUUCGGCAGGAGCUGCAGGAGGAACGGUCCUGUAAAACUUUGAGCGAAUCGCGUAUGAACCAUCUGCACGGCGAAUACGAAGGAGACUGCGCGUUCCAGGAACCGGACUCGUUGAGCGUGAAGGUGGGCGGCGACGCCGAGGACCCGCAAUCGCAGAGGACCACCGGGGACAAUCGCAUAAAGUCAACCAAAUAUACACUCUUAACCUUUCUGCUGCGCGUCCUGUGCGAGCGCAUCGCCAUCCCGUGCUUCGUGAUGGUCGCGAUUUUGUCGGCGGCAAUAAUAGGUUUAGUGCCAACCAUGGCCUCACUGGUCCCGCUCGUGUACGUGAUCGCGGUGACGUCCGCCAAGAGGGGCUACGAAGACUUUGUACGCCACCACGCGGACAACGUGGUAAACUUUACGCCCGUCACGGUGAUCCGCCAUGGGCAUCGGUGCGAGAUCCGCUGCCAGGACAUCCGGCCGGGCGACAUCGUGGAGAUGGCGCGCGACCGCGACGUCCCGUGCGACCUGAUACUAUUGCAGACCUCGGACGAGAACGGGCGCUGCUACGUGACGACGGCGAACCUGGACGGGGAAACGAAUCUGAAGACGAUGAGUGUCCCGAAGGGGGUGCCCGAUGUGCCGGCCGACCGGCUCCACACGAUCGGGCGCAUCGUGUACGAGCCGUCCAAUACCAACUUGUAUUGCUUCAACGGGCGCAUCGAGCUGGCCGACAGUUACGUGGCCGACGGGCACCAAAGUGUGCUGCCACUGAUGGCGGAGAAUCUGGUGCUGCGUGGCUCGCGGAUCAAGAACACCGAGUGGGCGCUCGGUUGCGCCGUCUACACCGGCCAGAAGACGAAGCUGGCGAUGAACAGCAAGCUGACGACGAACAAGACGAGCUCGAGCGAGCGGUUCAUCAACAAGUAUCUGGUGUUCUUUCUCGUCCUGCUCGUCGCGAUCGUGACGGUGAGCUGCUUCCUGAAGCGAUACAACGACCGGUACCACGCGGAGCACAACCUGUACCUGGGCGAGAUGCAGUCCAACUACCGGGUGUCCCAGUUUCUGCAGGACUUCUUCUCGUUCCUGAUCCUGUUCAACUAUCUCACCCCGAUCUCGCUGUACGCGACGAUCGAGACGGUCAAGCUCAUCGGCAGGUGCUACAUCCUGUGGGACCUCGACCUGUACGACGAGGAAGCGGACCAGCCGUGCAUCGUCAACACGUCCGACAUCAACGAGGAGCUCGGCCAGGUGUCGAUGCUGUUCUCCGACACCACGGGCACACUCACCAAGAACGUGAUGAUCUUUCAGCAGUGCUCGAUCAAUGGGCGCGUGUACGAGCAGCUCGGCCAACGCUUGUGUGCGUCCGGCCGAGGCCCUGGGCUGAAAAUUAACGAGCUACCGAGUCAGGUUUUCGACUUCUACCAAGCGAUGGCCGUUUGCCACACGGUGCAGGUGCAGGCGGGCAGCUACACAGACGAGCCGGACACGUCACGGACAAUGGAGACGGCGGCGCAGGCUACGUCCAACGGGCUACCAACGGGUGGGACCGUCGACCUUGGUGGUGGUGGUGGCACGCCGAAGAAUUGGCGUCUGCGAGCGGCGCCGGAACUCAAUUGCCGGCGGAUGGACUAUCAGGCGUCCAGCCCGGACGAGAAGGCGCUGGUCGAAGCGUGCGCCCGGAUGGGCAUCGUGUACACCGGGGACGAUGGCGAUCGGAUGAACCUGAGGCUGCGCGCCUCGUGCGUCCAGCGGAACGUGAUGUCCCGCCUCGGCAUGCCGUCCGUGGAGGAGCGCGUCCAGUUCGAGCGGCUGCGUGUGCUGGAGUUUACGUCCGAGCGCAUGAGUGUGAUCGUGCGCGACCAGCACGGCCAGAUCUGGCUGUACACGAAGGGUGCCGAAAGCCACGUGCUCCCACUGUGCCGGCCGUCGCCGCUGAUUACAACGACCCAGCAGCACAUCAAUGAGUUCGCGAAGCUUGGGUUGCGCACCCUGGCCAUUACCCGACGCCGGCUGACGGCCGCCGAGUACCGGCAGUUCAACGAGGAGCUGAUCGAGGCGAGCAGCUCGCUGGUCGACCGCCAGGCCAAGAUCGAGGAGUGCCAGCGGAAGAUCGAGACGGACCUGGAGCUGCUCGGUGCGACCGCGGUCGAGGAUGCGCUGCAGGACUACGUGCGCGAUACGCUCAUUUCGCUCGGUAAGGCCGGCAUCAAGGUGUGGGUGCUGACGGGUGACAAGGUCGAGACGGCGUACAACAUUGCGCUCAGCUGUGGCCACAUCCCGGAGGACUCGCUGCGGUACUUCAUCACGGACUGCAAAACGACGGACGACAUCCAGCAACACCUGGACACGCUGACGCUGGAGAUGUACCGGCAUCCGGGCCGGGCGUUCGCCCUGCUCAUCGAUGGCACCAGUCUGGCGCUGGCCCUGUCGCUCGACUCGGCGAAGGAGUCGUUCCGGGACAUUAGCUACCGGUGCCACGCCGUGCUGUGCUGUCGGUUGAGCCCACUGCAGAAGAGCGAGGUGGUGGCGCUGAUGAAGACGGCCGAAGGAUCGCCGGUCACGGCGGCCAUCGGGGACGGGGCGGACGAUGUGUCGAUGAUCCAGGAGGCGCACGUCGGGCUCGGCAUCGUGGGCCGCGAAGGUCGCCAGGCGGCCCGGUGCGCGGACUAUGCGUUCACCAACUUCCACAUGCUCGAGAAGCUGCUGCUCGUGCACGGCCACUACUCCAGCGUGCGGCUGUCGAUACUCGUGAUGUACUUUUUCUACAAAAACCUCGUCUUCGUGGGCAUCCAGCUGUUCUUCCAGAUACACAGCCUGUUCUCUAACCAGUCGGUGUAUGAUAUACUCCACCAGAUGCUGUACAACGUCAUCUACACCGCCUUACCGGUGCUGGUGCUGGCGCUCACGGAAAAACCGCACGACGAGGCGACGCUCCUGAAAAACCCACACCUGUACCAGGAGGUGGCUCACAAACGCAGGUACUCAUGGAAUAAUUUUAUCGGGUGGAUGCUACUGAGCAUUUUCCACUCCGCGGUCAUCUACUUCUUCGUGUACGCCGUUUGGACCAUCAACCCGGCGAUUUACGCGAACUGGGCCCCAACCACAAGCUUCGCGUGCUACGGUACGGUGCUAAUGAUCACCCUGGUGGUAGUGGUGAACCUGAAGCUGCUUCUCGAGGCCAGCCACAAGACGGUAGUCUUCAUCGGCAGCAUCCUGCUGUCGAUAUUCGGCCCCAUGGCGUCCUCUUUCAUCUGCUAUCUCCUGCCCAUCAACUACGACGAUUCGAUGCUCCACGUCUACAAUAACCUACUGUCGUCGUUGAACUUCUGGAUGCUGACCAUUAUCAUACUGGUCGCGGCCUUCCUACCGGACAUGGUGAUGUUGGCUCGCAAAGCGAUCGACAUCAAGAUUGGGCACAUUAUCCCGGGCGGUGCCAAGUAUCGGCGCCGCAGCGACCGGAUCGAGAGCACGGUCCUGUGA